AUGGCAGAACCCACCAAGCUGCGACUUCCGCCAGACCUCUCGUACCCGAUCACCGUCGUCGACCUCCACGAGCAGCCGGGCGCGUCGCUCGCUCCCGGCACCCGGCUCUUGACCUACUCCUGGCUCUCGACCGACAAGUCUGCGGAUGCACCCCCUCCGCCAGACGGCAAACCCGCGCCCAAGCAGAAGAUCAAGCUUUUCGGCACAUGGGACUGCUCCAUCGAGGGCACUCUCGACGAAUGGCUGCUCAGCAAGGGCGACGUCAUCUCCCGCGAACGCGCCAGACAGCCCGUCCUCCACGCUACCGAGCCCUGUCAACACGGCGUACAGAUGGGCGGCCUGUGCGCGCUGUGCGGUAAAGAUAUGACAAAGCAAGACUACGCCGGAUUCUCGGACGCGUCCCGGGCUACGAUCCAGAUGAACCACACAGCCAACGGGCCCACCGUCUCCUUCGCAGAAGCACAGCGCAUCGAGCGCGAGACGGCCGACCAUCUCCGCGCGGAACGCAAGCUGUCGCUCAUCGUCGACCUCGACCAAACCGUCGUCCACGCCACUGUCGACCCCACCGUCGGCGAAUGGAUCGCGGAGGGCGAGGCGUGGGAGGCGCGGCAGGCCGAGAAGGCUGAAAGGAAAUCACGUAGAGAGGCCAGAGCAAGGGAAAGGGCAGAGAAGGGCGAGGAUGACGAUGAAGGGGAGGGCAGCAGUUCGUCUUCGGACGAGGACGACGAUGAGAGUGAUGCCGAUGCCGACGACGACGAAGAGCCGAACCCCAAUUGGGAGGCACUCAAAGACGUCAAGCGCUUCCGUCUUGCGACCGACGGUGUCCCAGCAUCUCGAAGCAAAGGCAAAGAACGCGCCAUCGACCAAGGAUGCCUAUACUACGUCAAGCCGCGGCCGGGGCUGCACGAGUUCCUCAGCAGCGUCGCGACCAAGUAUGAAAUGCAUGUUUAUACUAUGGGUACGCGUGCUUACGCUGAGGAAGUGUGCGCCGCCAUCGAUCCCGACGGCAAGUUUUUCGGCGGUCGCUUGCUUAGCCGCGACGAAAGCGGCAGCAUGACCCAGAAGAGCUUAGAGCGCCUAUUUCCUGUCGAUACCUCCAUGGUGGUGAUCAUCGACGACCGCGCAGACGUAUGGGGAUGGAACGCCAACCUUGUGAAGGUCAUCCCAUAUGAUUUCUUUGUCGGUAUCGGCGACAUCAACUCGGCCUUCCUCCCCAAAGCCGACCCAUCAUCAGCGCUGUUGACUCCCUCAACAUCGGCAACCGCAACGCCUACUCCACCCACGACCCCGCCCCCUCCUCCACCACCGUCUUCCUCGCCAGAAUCAUCUCCAGAACCGCGUACACCUUCUCCAGAAGUCUCCGCCAAGGAUGUACUUGUCGCGCAGAACUCUGCUGCACUAGAAUCUCAGAUUGAGGCCCGACCAUUAGCGAAGUUGCAGGAGGAGAUUGAUGAAGCGGAAGGGGAUGAUAAGGGUGUCGAGGCGCCGAAAGAGGCGGAUGAGCAGCCACAGUCUGAAUCCCCGGUUGAGAGCGGCGAGACUCAACCGUCGAGUGAUGCGUCAAUCAACACGGAGAAUGCGAGGCCCAAGCGUGCGCAUCACAAAGCGCUGUUGAAUAACGACGACACGGAGUUGCGACGCGUACAGAAGUUCCUUGACGAGAUCCACCGACGAUACUACGACGAGAAUGACAAACGCGGCGGCGCAUCGGGUGCCGGCGCAGGCAAGCAACGCGGGACCCUCGCCCUCCCCUCUGCACCCACCAUCAUCUCGCGCAUGCGCUCCGAAACCCUGUCAGGCUGCACACUCGUCUUCAGCUCCGUCAUCCCACUCGACCUCCCACCCGAACGCGCUGAGCUAUGGCGUCUUGCCACAUCCUUCGGUGCUGCGUGUCGCAAGAGUCUCACUAAAGAUGUCACACAUCUUGUCGCGGCCAAACGGGGGACGCAAAAGGUCGCGCAAGCGAAGGGGAUGAAGGACGUGAGCGUCGUGUGGGUCAGCUGGUUAACGGAUAGCAUCGCGAGGUGGGAACGGAUGCCCGAGGCGGGGUACUUGCUCGAUGCACCCGUACCCGAAGAAGCUGGUGCGGUAGAUGCUGAAGGUGAGGACGAGCCCGACAGCCCUGCCGCUGGCGCCGCUGAGCAAAUUAGCUCGGAUCCGGAACCAGACGCGGACGAUUGGGAUCGGGAGCGGGGUGGGACGGGUGAGCCGGAGGGGAAGGGCGCGGUAGAGUCCGAGUCAAAAGACGGGGAGAGUGUAGGGACGGGUGAAGGGGAGGAAGGGAUGGAAGAUGCUGGAGAGGAUGUUGUUGAUUUUGGGCUUGUCGCGUGGGACGAUGCGAAUGAUGAGCUUGAGGCGUUUUUGGCGGAGGAGGAUUCGGAGGAGGAUACGGAUAUGAAUGGGGAGGGAGAUGGGGAGAGUACGGGUGGGAGCGCACCGGGGACACCACGAAAGAGUCGGAAACGCCCACGAUCACGCUCGGGUACGCCAAACUCCACAAGUAGCAACGGCAACGGCACCGCAGAGUACGACGACGACAUGCUUCGUUCCCCGCUAGCGAAACGGAAACGCGUCGCACAAGAACGGACACCGUCCGCUCUGAAGAACUCGACCAUUAUCACCACUACCGCGCCCGGGUUAAGGUCAAGAGAAGGCUCAGCCGAUAUCGGAAGUCCUCCAGCGGCAUGGGAAGAAGACGCCGCUAUGAGCGAAGGCGGCACUGACGCGGGCGAGGAGGAAUUUGACUUUUUGGCCGGAGAGAUGGAAGAGGAGAUGGAUGAAGAAGACGACGAUGAGGACGAGUGA